AUGGGAGACGGGCCAGGCACUCUGUUCACCGAGAAUUCCCAGCAUGACGCCCCAAGCCCCCGAUCUGAACUUGAUCGAGUUCGAGCUCGCCUGAGACCCGUUGGUGUGAUAGGACAGCGUGGAGAACUCAAGGCACAUGAGAAUACAACGAUGGCCGAGCUUGAUCAUAUGCUCGAUUCUGCAAUCAUUGAGCAUAGCUCCGAAGCAUCUCCGGCACCCAGCGGAGUGGUAAGCCCUCGGUCGCCGCUACAAGGGCUGGAGAGGCUUCACCAACCCAGACAACCAACUACCACUAACUUCCCGCCACGGCGUCACCUCAUGGAACAAAGACACUUUGCCCGUCCACAGACAUCACUGAUGAAUUACUCAGCUAGCAGUCCGCUCCGAGCACGACCUGGUUUGGGGCCUGUCCCAUCGGCUGGCUCACCGCAAUCUAUCUCGCCCGAGUCUCUGCCCAAAGCACGAGCCUACAGCAAUGCGUCAUUGGCGAUGCCCGUACGAUACUCCAGCCCGGUCAAGCAAAGGGCAGCUCUAUUUGAGAGCCUUCAUUUCGAGCAUGACGAUCAUCAGCUUGAGAUGUCUCCUCCCCGAGCUCAUCUGCACACCAAGGAUGAUUGGAUCGCGGUACCCGCCCACCUUCCAACGGCAGAAGUAGAAGCCAGAAUGCAUCGACUGAAGUUCGGCCGAAGUAUCGAUGCACGGUCCGACACAUCUGAGAGAGGCCAAUCCACACACGAGACAGAAGCAUAUGACACCGCCCAUGAGUUCGCGCCCUCUCCGAACAAGCCGACUACUCCGAGUGUUGACUAUCACCGCGCACCGUCAAGAGGCUGGCCAUCCGGUAUGUGGGCGUCCAGCAAGACUGGACCGUCGAAUCCCCAGCCUACCGCCGAGGCCGCUUCGCCACAGAUGCGAGAUGCUCAUUAUCCGCCUUCGCGGCCCAGCAUCGUCUCGCAGAGGAUCGCGCAGCUUGCUUUGGCUGGGCUAGAGGAUCAGCAAAUUGCUAGCAGGCCGUCAUCUGCUGCACAGGGAAGCAGGCAACCGUCAGCCACCUCAGGGAAGGUCAGAUCGAGCAAUAUCAAGGAGCAAGCUCUUGAUUGGAGUCCGCUUAAGCCCAACAAAUUGCCACCUCUUCAAGUCCCCGUGCAGGAAAAGGCUGCAGCUAUCAUGCUGCAGCAGGAACAACCUGACGAGCCCGGACUGAUGCGUUCCAAGCCACGAGGUCUCCCGCGUAACAAUGAUGGUCCACAAACUCCAGUCUCAGUCUCGAUGUACGAGAAGCAAGUCGCCCUCCACCCAAGGCCAGGUAUCGCAAAGGAAGAGGAAGGAAGUCCGUCGUCACCAACACGUGGCCGUCAAUAUGUCAAACGAACUCCCCGAAGUUCGGGCUACGGUGUCGAGCAAAGCUUUUAUUUCUCUCCCAACAGAAGCCGGAGCCCCUCGAAGGCGAGUGGUCGGAGACUAACCCUGGAGAUCAACAUGGGCACACCAGACCAGGCAUCAAUGGAGAAGGUUGUUAUCAAGGCAGACAUGGACGUUCUGGAUGGGCUCUAG